CAAUUUUCGUUUGCUCAAUCUUAUACAAUUCGACGUUGGGAAUGAUCAAAUUGAGCGUUCUCUCACUUUAUCACCGAAUCUUGAGGGGUGUUUCCUCUCCUGCCCUUCGCACCACCGUGUGGGCCAUGUUCGCUCUAGUCGCUGCAAACACUACUGCUAACGUUCUCGUCUGCAUUUUUCAAUGCCGUCCAAUAGAGGCUGCAUGGAAGCCUCUCGCGGAUACGCACAAAGCCAACAAAGUUGUAUGUGUCAAUAUAAAUUCGUUCUAUCUCGGAAAUGCGAUCACGGGGGUCAUCACGGAUGCGCUCGUCUAUCUGCUCUGCAUCCCGAUUGUCAAACCUCUGCAGAUGGACGCGAAAACCAAAUUGCAACUGUUAGUAAUUCUGCUAAUUGGAGCCUUUGCUGUAGUAACGUCGGCGGUGCGUCUCGGUUUCAUACCCGCCCUCCUCAAAGAUCCCGACCUCACGAUGGCAAUGUCGAUUCCCAUGUCGUGGUCUGUAGCAGAACCUGCUGUCGGUCUGCUUGUCUCAUCCAUGCCCGCGACCCGAGCCAUCCGCUUCCUUUGGCGUAAAGAGGGCAAUACUUCUUAUGGGUCUGGAACUGCACAGUCAACGCUUCGAGGACGAAAUGGCCAGAUACAAUUAGUAGAUAUGAGUCAUGAUGCUAGGGCUGAUGGGGAGAGUGCAAAGUCGCUUAAAAGAGAACCCUACAAUCGGAGGAUGGAUGGAUCUGUAGAAGGUCUUGCAAGAAUGGGAACAAUCUCGAGAACUACUGAGCUAGAAGUAUGUAUCUCUAGUAGGAACGAUGAACUGCCAUAG